AUGAAGCGUGUGUUCUUAUCGUAUCCUGAGACACGUUAUUAGUAGUAGUAGUAUAAACAGGGAUGUAAGUGUGUGUGUGCGCCUUGCCUGUUGUCGGCCGGUGCAGCAUAAUGGAGUUCUUGGGAAGCCUGGGGGAGGCAGAGGGCCUGGGUAUCACAAGGGAGGAGUUUCUCUACAUCUGGAACAAGGAGAUGGACGUGAAAAUAUUAUGUCAGCAGGUCCGUAAUCUAUUCUCACUGACGGAAACGCAGGUAGGAAGGGGCUCAUUCGGUCUUGUCAAACAAAACCAUCAACAUCAUCAUCAUGCACUGUCUGUCAGUACACGACCCUCUUACACUGUCAGUUUGCUAGAUGCAGAGACGUGGUCGUACCGGAUGCCGUACACAUUGAUCCACUUAAAUCUCAGCCAGCAACACCAAUUAGUGGGCGUGACUUUUUUAUUUAAAAACUGACCAUAACAGACGAUAUUCAGUCUUCAGCUGGAGUUGUAUUACUACGCUUUAUAAACAAGUACCAAAAAAAAAACAUGACCUAGAAAUAUUAUAUAAAAGUAAUUGGAGUGAUCUGGCAUUUGUUUAAAUGUUUUCCCCUGGAAUACUCCUCUAGCAUCAUGACAUUGACUUGCAUUAAUGUCUUGGUAGAUUGACCUAGUUAAUGAUAAUGGGCGUGGCUUAACUAACUGAAAAAUAAAACGAUGUCUUAAAUAUAAAAGCUAGUGCCAUUGUCCGGACUACUCUUCGUUCUUUAAAUUUCAACGAUGGUUCCUAAUCUGGACGUAAGCAGCCUAUUAUUACUUAAGGCGGCCUUUUGACCCUCAGAUUUUCAUACUAACUUUUUUUUUUUUUUUUUGAAGCUACUUCAAAUUUUUAAGGGCCCCAAAGUUGUGAUCUGGAAAUAAUGUAACUAUAAACUCUGACUGCCUAAAAACGGCAAGGGAGCCUCCAAUAGUCACGCGACGGAGAGUAGGGUUGGGGGGGGGGUGGGGGUUUACUUGUGAGAGUUAAGGAUUGGGUUUGUUUUAAUUAUUAGUUGUUUUUUUUUAAACCUUUAUGUUAAAAAAUAACUUUUGGUUGCGUUAUAAAUAUGAUUUUGUAUUGUUAUAGGCUGCAUGUGACACAAAUCGUGUCUAAGUAACAUAAGACAAUGGCUAUACCCCUUGACCGAAAACAGAACUAGCCAUUAUCAAAAGCUGUUGUUUGCGUGCAUAUUUAGAAUAGUUACUUGUACCUCUAAGAUGUAAGAGGAAAUGAUUUGCGUGUUGACAAGUCAAGGUAGGCCAAAGUCUGCAUUGGUGAUAAAACGAUACAAGCUUUACCCAUUGUAAUGGAAUUUAAUUCACCCUUUAGGUGUCUCUCCCUGGAUGUGUGUGUUUGUGUGUGUGUAAGUGUUUAAGUGUGUGCGUAUGUGUGUGAAUGUAUGUGUAAGUGUGAGUGUUUGUGAGUGGAGUGUAUGAAUGUCUGUGUACCUUUGAGUGCGUGUGUGUUGAGUGUGUCCUCGGAAUUGUUUCCAAUUCUGUGUACAUAAAAAGGGGUGGGGCGGGAGUAGGGGCAGAAUGGUGUUGUACGCGAGAUGUCAUAACAUUACAAAAAAUAGGAAGGGUGUUGUGUGGGAGAUACAACAAUACUAGUAGCGUAGCAAGAACAGUGGUGUGAGAAAGAUUUCCGUAAGAUAAAAAGUAAUUAGAAGGGUGACGUGGGGUGAUGUCACAACACUACUAAUAAUUAGAAGAGUGAUGUUGGGUGAUGUCACAACAUUACUAGUAAUUAGAAGAGUGAUGUUCGGUGAUGUCACAACACUACUAGUAAUUAGAAGAGUGAUGUUGGGUGAUGUCACAAUAAUACUAGUAAUUAGAAGAGUGAUGUUGGGUGAUUUCACAACACUACUAGUAAUUAGAAGAGUGAUGUUCGGUGAUGUCACAACACUACUAGUAAUUAGAAGAGUGAUGUUGGGUGAUGUCACAAUAAUACUAGUAAUUAGAAUGUUGUUUUGUGGGAGAUGCCCUAUUUAGAAAUAAAGAAAAUGUCAUGACGAUCGUAACAAGUAUUUUUUUACCUUCCUCCCCUUAGGCAUCAGGUAAUACAGUCAACAACAGCCAGGAAGAUGACCUUAAACUAUCUGAAAGUUUAGCUCAGCAAGCCAAUGAGAUAGAAGAGCUCAAGUCAAGCCUCGUGGAGCUUAAAUCUGAGCUAUGUCGCCUGAGGUCUGACCUCAGUCAAAGUCAACAGAUUCUAGAGACCACUUCAGCUUCGCUCAAAGACCAGCAGGAACAUGGUCUGCAGACCGUCAUGACUUCCAUUGUGGCCAUGCGAUCUGACCUUGACAUAUUGAGGUCGGAUACGGCCACGGACCUGCAGAGCUUGUCAUUGAAGUUGGAUCCCAUUGUGAACAUGAAGGAGAAAAUAGAGACAGCACUGAAAACUUUAAGCAAUAACCAUGUCAAGUGUUCAUCCACACCAUUAGAAUCCCUUGGUGUAAAGUCAGUAAUGCCUCAUAAGAUAGAUGAAGACAAGUGUGAUAUCUUACAGGUAGAAAAUUCCACACACAGAAAAGUUAAAGACAGAUUUAAUGAAAUUAGUAAUAAUGACCAGAGGAAAAUUUCAGCCAAAUCAAAUGCUAAAAAUACAGCAAAUAACAAACAAAGUUGUUCCAAUGGAGAACACGCUAGUCAAAUAUCAAUGUUGAAUGAUCACAUUUUAGUGUCUGAGAGUAGAAGUAACAAAUCAGCUUUUGCUAAUCAAUGUAACAUAGACAGUGAUUUAAGAAGUAUUAAUGGUGUAAUGAUUAAUGAAGUUGCUGACAACCCCAAUCAAAAUAAGCCAGAGAAACAUGAUGUACCUUCUGGUGUGCUGCCUUCUGAAUAUACAGCUACUACCAUGAAUUCUCCAAAUGUAGAAGCAAAUAUGGGUCUUAUUGUGCCUUCAGCAUCCUCAGAGAAACUUGGUGUACCUUCUAGUGUGCCGCCUUCUGAAUAUACAGCUAUAACCAUGACUUUUCAAAUCGCACCAACAAAAACUGGUCUUACAGUGCCUUCAGCAUCCACAGAGAAACAUGGUGAACCUUCGAGUGCGCCCCCUUCCGAUUCUACAUCUUUAAACAUAAAUUCUCAAAAUGCUGCAGCAAACGCCAGUCUUACUGUGACUUCUACAUCAGCCUCCACCGCUUGUUUCAAUUCUCGAAUUGUAAGAAACAAUACAAAGCAUGCCAAUAGCACAAUUACAAAGCUUAGAGUUGAUAAAAAAGCUGAAGUCAAAGAUACUGUUGGUAGAUCUGAUCAAACAGAAACUGGCGAGGUCCAAGUUCUCCUGCAGCCUAGAGUACACGUCAUGCCAGCAGAGGGAGCCAGUUUCAGCAUUCCAUCGACACACCCAUUUUACGACUACAAGGGAGACUUCUACACUGAGUUGUAUUACAUCUUGGGGCUGCCAUGCAAGGUUCGACUUCGUCUGAGGCUGGCCAAACAUGGACGUCUCGCUGUGACUGCACUCCUUUCACUGAAGGAAAACGAGACAAGUUUUAAACUACCCGUAUACAUCAGUGGCGCAGGUUACAUAUCGGCUCAAUUAUCUGGAGGCAAUGGUUAUUCAAAACUUUGGGAGUUUCCAAACUGUAUAGUCAGUUCGACGCAUGCCGACGAUGAAAUCUCCAUAGAAGCUUUGGUCUUCUUACAAACAAAUAGGUACUGCUAUAAAAACAUCACUUACAAGCAGCUGGUGGAAAUGGGAUAUGACAUGAACAGAAAUCUGAAGUUCAAAUGGAAUCUUAAGUGUAGCCAAAUCAUCAAAUUAGAGCAAAUCUAAGAAAUGCCUGUCGGUCAGUCAGUUUUGUCCAGGUCAUUGGAGAAGAUGGUUAAAAACAGUAACACAAUGGAAUAAUGGACUAGUGUUUUCAGCAAUCUCAUUAUGAUCAUUAGAGCACUCCUGGUUAGGAACCUUUUCUCUAACCUGAGUGGGUUCGAAAACAUGUGAUGGACUAAUGUUUUCAACAAUCUCAUUAUGAUCAUUAGAGCACUCCUGGUUAGGAACCCUUUCUCUACCCUGAGUAGGUUCGAAACCAUGUGAUGGACUUAUGUUUUCAACAAUCUCAUUAUGAUCAUUAGUCAGUGUUUAUCAACCAAAAAUGUAUUACUAUUGUUGAUUUAUCAAAUUAAAUUACAAUACAUUUAAAUAUUUAAAUUGAUAUGACUUAUAUAAUUAUAUUUUUUAAAUAAAAACAUUCAGACCGAGAGAAGUGUUCCUAUACCGACAUCACAAUACAGAAAUGGGGCACAUUUUGAUGCUUUAAAAAAAAAAAAAAGAAUUUAAAUGAGAUAAAAACCAUAUACCAAUAGGCUGUGAAAUAAUCCUGAAAUUCUUUCAUAAGAUUUAAUCAUUGACAUUUAAAUCAGUCAUGUGUUAAAGCAGGACCAGUUUGGGCAGACUGGUUGUAAAAUUUAUACUAUUUUGCCAUGCUGGUUGUAAAAUUUAUACUAUUCUGUCAUGCUGGUUGUUAAAUUUAUACUAUUCUACCAUGCUGGUUGUUAAAUUUUGAAUAUUCUUCCAAAGGGUUGUUAAUAAUGUUAAAAUAAUAAAAACAAUGCAAA